AUGACUAAGUCCGUCUCGUCUCCUUCCCGCAGCAUCCUGUUCGCGGACAUCGUGGGAUUCACCGCGAUCUCGUCCACCUACACAGCCUCCGAGCUCGUCAAGAUGCUCAACGAACUCUUCGCUCGCUUCGACGGCCUGGCUGAGAAGUACCACCAGCUGCGUAUCAAGAUCCUGGGUGACUGCUACUACUGCGUGUCAGGGGCGCCGAGGGAGCGCAGCGACCACGCCGUCAAUUGCGUCCACAUGGGCCUCUCCAUGAUCGACGCCAUCAAGUACGUUCGCGAGACGACGGGCUGCACGGUGGACAUGCGAGUGGGCAUCCACACGGGCGCCGUGCUGGCGGGCGUGUUGGGGCAGCGCCAGUGGCAAUUCGACGUGUAUAGCAAGGACGUGGUGCUCGCCAACAAAAUGGAGAGCAGCGGCAAGCCAGGCAGCAUAUUUCCGGGGGUCAAAAUUCUGAACUCCCGGUACCAUGUCAGCAUGCAGUUAGAUUUCAUCGACGGGGAUCCUAUCCCCAAAAGCCCUGAAAAAAAUUGGUGUAUUCAGACAGAGAACCAAGUUGAGAGCUUCUAUUUGUAG